AUGGCGAUGAGCGACGGCAAGAUGAAUCUCCCCGACGAUCUCUUCUCCUCCAAACUCUCCGAUUCGCACUCCUCUCUCAAAGAUGAAGCUUCCGGAGGACAUGGGGAGAAAGGGAUUGCAGCACUACUUGAUGAUUCAAAAGAUCAAGUGUCAUCUGACAGCAGCAUACCCUUAUCACCACAGUGGCUUUAUUCCAAACCAGUUGAUGCGAAGCAAACUGCCAACCCAGUGGGGGUAAAUUCCAAUGAUCCUGUACUGAAGGAUAAUUGGCGUCUGGAGGGGUCCUUGGACAAGAAAGAUUGGAGAAAGACUGUUCCUGAUGUUGACAUCAGUCGCCGGUGGCGUGAAGAGGAGAGAGAAACAAGUUUGCUUGGCAGAAGGGAUCGUAGAAAAGAAGAUCGUCGGUUGGAGAACACCUCAACCUCUGAUAAUAGAUCCUUGCCUGCUGAUCGCUGGAGUGAUAGCCGGGGUUCUGGCCAUGACUCUCGAAGAGAGAAUAAGUGGUCAUCAAGAUGGGGUCCUGAAGAAAAAGAGAAGGACUCUAGAAGUGAGAAAAGGAAUGAUGUGGAGAAGGAAGAUGGCCAUGCAGAAAAACAAUCUACUGGUGCUAGCAACCGCGCUGUUUCUGAUCGGGACACUGACUCCCGUGAUAAAUGGAGGCCACGACAUCGCCUGGAAUCUCAAGCAGCUGGUGUGGCCACAUACCGUGCGGCACCUGGAUUUGGGCUGGAGAAAGGACGCACAGAGGGACCCAAUGUGCGAUUUUCACCUGGAAGAGGAAGGGCAAAUUUCAAUGGAAACUUGCAAAUUGGAAGGCCUCCCAUAGGCUCUAGCGUUGGAUCUGUACUCAUGGAUAAGAAUAAAACUAUACUGGGGAAGUCUAGCCUUGGUGCUGAUUCAUAUUGCUACCCAAGGGUAACUCAAAUUGAUUCUGUAGCACCAUUAGCAUUUGUUGCUCCUGCAGAUGAGGAGGAGGCUGUCCUUAGAGAUAUAUGGAAGGGAAAAGUUACCAGCAGUGAAGUCUCAGACUACUCCUUUAGAGGAAAGGAUGGAGGGUCAAUUGAUGAUAUUUCUGGUUCUGGUGUUGCUUUAACUGAAGGAAAACAACCUUCAAUCGGCAGCGGUGGAAAGGUUAUAUCGGGAAAUGAAAUCUUAAACGAGUCCGAUAAAUUUUUUAUUGGAUCAGCAUCAACUACUGGAGGUUCAUUGACAAAUGUAGCUGAGGAGGUUGCAAGUUUUCAAGAAGGCACACAGAAACAUGGGCCAAUUAUUGGUAUGCAUUGGAAAGAUGAUAGCUUCGGUAGCAACAUUAGGGAGGGAAUCAUUCACAGAAAAAAGGUUGUCGAAUCAGAAGCUUUUGGUUACCAUCAGGGACAACUUUCUGCUUUUGAGGAACAAGCAAAUCAAGAUGGGAUUAAGUCGAUGGCUUCAGAAAUUAAUACAAGCCAUCCUGAUGAUCCUCGUUCCCUCUUUGAUUAUUCAUCUCUGCGACAAAGUCCAAGCAUUAAUCAUCCACAUGACUUGAAAAUGAAUGAAAAAAUAUAUCCAUCUGACAGUGUCACUGCUCCUGAGGAGUUGAGUUUGUGCUAUUUGGAUCCUCAAGGAAUGAUUCAAGGACCCUUUCUUGGGAUUGACAUCAUUUUGUGGUUUGAACAAGGGUUUUUUGGGAUUGACUUGCCUGUUCGUUUGUCAGAUGCCCUGGAAUCAUCUCCAUUUCAAGAACUUGGUGACAUCAUGCCUCACCUGAGAGCCAACACAGGGUUAGGUUCUGAUAGUAACAUGGUUAUUCAGUCAGAACCAUCUGAUGGCGUUGGAAGGAACCUGAAAGUUGAUGUAAAUACAUUUGACUAUAAUGGGUCUUUUGACGACGAUCAACCGUGGUCUUCAUCCCGACCUGAUUCUACAUCCAGUGUUGGUAUUCCGAUCCAAUUACCUAAUCAAAGUUAUCACCCUGAAAUCAAUUUCUCUGAUGAGCAGUGCUUCGAUAACGUUGUUGCACAAGAUGAUGGUAUCACAUCAUCGAAAUUGGCUGGAAGCAACAAUGACAACCCUUUGAUGAGGCCUGGGGAUGCGAAUGCCUCAUAUUCCCAUCAUACUGGAAAACCUUCAAACGAAGUUAUUGUGAAUGAUGCUCUUAACAUCGAGGCUGAUAAGUUGCAUCCCUUUGGCUUAUUAAUGUCUGAACUAAGAGAUGGCUCUCAUUUAAGGCGUGCACAAUCCUCUAAUAGUUCUCUGAGAUUGGGUGACCAGGGCCAUUUUACUGAUCCGUUAAAUGAUAAAGAUACUCAUUUUACUGAUCAGAGCUCUAUGGGUGGCAUGGUAAAUCCGUCUUUCAGGGAUACAUGGACUGAUGAAUAUGGGAUAAAUAGGCAUUAUAAUCCUAAUCAGCGUGUAGGUUCACUAGAAGACCAGUUCUUGUCUCGAAUGGGACAGAACUUUAAUAAUUUUGACGUGGCAGACCAUCUAAUGUUGCAAAAGCUGCAGAAGGAACGGCUUCAGCAGCAGCAGCAGGCUGAACGUCUUCAGCAGCAGCAGCAGCAGCAGGCUGAACGACUUCAUCAUCAGCAGCAGGCUGAACGACUUCAUCAGCAGCUGCAGGCUGAGCGGCUUCAUCAGCAGCAGCAGGCUGAACGGCUUCAUCAGCAGCAGGCAGAACGAUUUCAGCAACAGCAAGCGGAACAACGGCUUCAGCAGCAGACUAAUAUACCUAAACAUUUCCCUUCACAUCUUAACGGGUCAGACUUAGAUAGAUUUCCUGGUUUCUCUCCAUCUCAAAGUAAUAACUCUGGUAUCCAGCAAAUGAUGCAGAAUCCCGGCUCAGAUUUGGAACGUCUUUUCGAAUUGCAGGCUCAACAACGCCAACUUGAGCUUCAACAACAGCAAGAUAUUCACCAUCAACAACUACUUCACCAACAAUUGAAACUACAGCCCCAACAACAGUCUCAAGCUCAGUUAAUGCAUCAAGAUAUUCUUGAACAGUUAAUGAAUCACCAGAUACCUGAUCCUAAUUUCGGACAAUCAAAACACGAUCUUUCUAGGGAUAACUUGUUAGAUCAGGUACAAUUGAGGAGAUAUCUGUACGACUUGCAGCAGAAUUCACAUUCUUCAGGGCACCUUGAUCCACCGGCAGAGCAGUAUAUUCAAGCUAAUAUGGCCCUUAAUGCUGGGCAAGGAAGGCAGGCUGAUUUGUCAGAGCUCUUGUUGCAAGCAAGGCAUGGAAAUAUAUUGCCAUCAGAACAUGUUCGUUUUCAGCAAGAGCAGGUGCAAGCUCAGCAGUUAUCUAUGGCUCUUAGACAGCAGUUAGGUCUGGAUGGAGAAAGACAUUUCGGUAGGUCGUGGCCAAUUAAUGAAACUGGACAGUUAGUUAGAAAUCCAUCAAACCACCAACUGGGUCAUUCAGCUGGAUUUAAUGUCUCAGAAAUCCACAAACAACAACAGAGGCUUGUCGCACAAGAUGAACAAUUAAAUUUUAUGGGAAGGAAUCAUCUUGAGCAGAACCAAAGAGGAUUCCAUGAUCAUUCUAUGAUGUUUGAGAGGUCUUCACCUGUUUCUGUGCAAGGAAGAGAAUUACUUGAACGCCGUCGCUACAUGCACCCAACUGAUCAACUGGGUUCUUUGUCUUCUCAUCACAACCUACAAUCAUCUGAUGAUCUUUUUGGCCAUCAUUCCCUCUCAGGGAACAAUGGCCAUGUGGAUAAUAACUGGAUUGAUCCACGGUUGCAUCUUCAACAACUUGAAUCUAUGAGGCAGAGAAGAGAGUUAGGGGAUAGCAUUACAUCAGCAGAUCUGAGCAUAUCUGCGUCUGCUGGAGGUCAUGAAGAGAGUUCAGGACGAGGUUUUGUGGACCUUCUUCAUCAAAAACUGGGUCUUCAAUCUGCACAAUCAUCAAGUGUUGAUAAGUGGCAUCCCCUUUCAUCAAGAAGUCACGAUAAAUCUUGGCAUGUCCCUGAGGCCAACACAUCAAGUCAUCCGUUCGAGCUUCCUCUGGAUCAGCAAUCUCAUCUGAAUGAUCCCUUUCUAGAAAGGACUCAGAGUGCGAAGUCCAGUGGGCUAAUGCACGAUAAUUUAACUAACAUACAUAUAAAUGAUCAUUUCAACAAUCUAGGGAAUGCUGAAAGAGUGCCUCUCCGGUCCAGAUCUGGUUCAUUACUUGAAGAGCAAUCACUGUUAUCUACGAAUAAGGAUGCUUUGCAUCCCAAUUAUAGAAUUCCUUUUCAGAUCGGUAAGUCAUCUAUGGAAAAAGACUUGUUUGUUCCUGGGAUGUCAGACUUGUCAGAACAAGUGGAAAGCACAAUGCCUUCAAUGGAAAUGCCUGCUAUUGCUCACAGUAGACAUAGCUCACUAAGCAGUGCAGGAGGUGAUGGUGGCUCUUUUGGUCGUGAGAUGGGUUUGAAUAGUUCACGAGGAGAUGAUGUUUCUAGUGACAGGAUUCCUCCUUCAACCAAAGGGUUUGAUCAUGCUUUCAAUAAGCGGCCUCAUGUAUCUCGGGUUUUGUCCUCCCCGGACGUGCAGUCAGACCAACCAUCUACAACUCAUGUCAAUCAGAAUCAAUUAUUAAACCUUACAUCCAGUGAAGGGAGACGAGAGCCGUCUGGAAAUUUGUCAACUACUAGCUUGACUGAUGCUCAAGCUGCAGGGAAGAAAGAGGCUCGGUUUAGAUCUUCAUCCUUCAGUGAAGGUGCUAUGUCAGAGGCGUCAUUUAUAGAUAUGCUUAAAAAGCCUGUUCUUCCUGAGGCAGAUGUGCAUCCAACCAGUGGAGCUGGGGCAGAGUCGGUUGAUGGUGGUCAGGCAGGGCGAGGUGGCAAAAAGAAGGGAAAGAAAGGGAAACAGAUAGAUCCCUCUCUUCUUGGUUUCAAGGUAUCCAGUAACCGGAUCAUGAUGGGUGAGAUCCAACGCCCUGAAGAUUAA